AUGAGCGGAAAGGCCCACCUCAGACUGCAAAAGGCUGCCGAGAAGUAUGGCUCCUUGGUCCGCGUCGGUCCCAACGAGCUAAGCACCUGUGAUCCCGACCUCUUGAGGAGGAUGGACGGUGCAAGAUCUACGUACAAACGGUCGACAUGGUACCUAGCCAUGAGGUUCGACCCGAACCGGGACAACGUUUUAUCCCAGAUGGAUGAUGACUUACACAACAGCCUCCGCUCGAAAAUGAUGCAUGGCUAUUCCGGUCGGGAUGUGGACGCCCUCGAGCACAAGGUUGACCGCAACAUUUUGGCUUUCAUCGACCUCAUACGGCGCCGCUAUCUCUCGACGCCGGGAAACACCAAGCCUUUCGACUUUGGACGCAAAGUCCAAUUCUUCACCCUCGAUACCAUCUCCGACAUCUCCUACAGCGAGGCAUUUGGCUGCCUUCCAACCGAUUCGGAUAGAUUCCAGUAUGUCGCGACCAUAGAAGACAAUCUCCCGGCGGUCAUGCUCAUCUCUACCAUGCCGAAAAUGAAUUGGAUUAUGGAGUCGAGCUUGGUAAAGAGAUUUCUCCCGUCUGAACAUGAUCAGUUCGGGUUCGGUCGGGUCCUAGGAAUCUGCAAAGACAAGGCCGCCGAGCGUUUUGGCCCGGAUGGGAAACAACAGCAUGACAUGUUGGGCUCUUUUGUCCGCCACGGCCUUACUGAGGAAGAGGCUCAGUCAGAAACUCUUCUCCAAAUACUCGCCGGAUCUGAAACUACGGCAACCGCUAUCCGCGCUACGAUGCUCUACAUCGUCACCCACCCUCACGUCUACUCCAGACUCCUCGCGGAGAUUCUCGAAGCCUCAAAAACAGUAUCCUGUCCCAUCACGAACGCUGAAGCCAAAGGGCUUCCCUACCUGCAAGCCGUGAUCAAGGAGGGGCUGCGCAUCUGGCCGCCCGUCGCGAGCCUCAUGACCAAGAUAGCUCCACCAGAAGGUGACAACUGGAAGGGGAUUCGGAUCCCCGGCGGUACGUGUAUUGGAUACAACGCCUUUGGCCUAUCCAGAAACAAAGACGUGUGGGGCCAUGACGCCGACGUGUUUAGGCCCGAGCGAUGGCUGGAGGGCACGGUGGAGGAGCUGCGAGCCAUGGAAUCGGUGUUGGACAUGGUGUUUGGGCACGGUCGGUUCAAGUGCCUGGGCCAGAACAUUGCGUACAUCGAACUCAACAAGAUCUUUUUCGAACUACUUCGCCAUUUUCAGCUUCAUGUUUUGGACCCGACUCGGGUCUGGGACAAUACAUGCAGGGGUGUCUUUGUUCAGCACAACUUUUGGCUGAUAGCCUCUAAGAGGGAAUAA